GCAAUCUUGACUUUUCCCUGCCGCGAUGCCGCAUAGGGUGCAGCUUGUUAGGCCAUGGCGAUGCGCCUUCGCCAGUUCAUCUCUCGACUUCUCUUCCUCCCCAGUGCUGUCUAGGACGCGUGUACCACUGCCCUUCUUGCGGUAUCAUUACCCUCGCUUUCCCCCUCGUCCUCCCCUCGUUCCUUCCUGGCUCCCUCACUGCCCGGUGCAACUGCCCGAGACGACGGACAAUCUCACAAUCUGAGGCAGGAGCUUCCCCUCUCGGCGCAGUCACUCGUUCCCCCGGCCAGCUUGAUCACAGGAGCUCUCAGUCGUUGGGUUUCUAUUCUCUUGCUCCACUCCACCGCUAUCUGUAUCUCAAUCUCUCGCCCAACUGCACAACACGGUACUUCUGAACGUCAACGCCGCUCCCUACAAUGCGCGCCUCUUUCUUGACAUGCGUCCUCGCUGGUCUGACAGCGGUCAAUGCCAUUGCCACCAUCUCGGUUAAGGGCUCCAAGUUUUUCAAGAGCGAUGGUUCCCAGUUCUUCAUCAAGGGUAUCGCCUAUCAGCUGGUGCCCGAUGAUCCCCUUAUCAACAACGACCAGUGUAAGCUCGAUGCCUCUCUGAUGAAGGACCUCGGCGCCAACUCGAUCCGUGUCUACCAUGUUGACCCCAGCGGCGACCAUAAAGCCUGCAUGUCCACCUUUGCCGACGCCGGCAUAUACCUCUGGGUGGACCUGGACACGUUUACCACGCAGAUCAAUCAGGAGUCGCCUCACUGGAAUGAGACCCAAUUGAAGGCCUUCCAGGCUGUCAUGGAUGAAUUCCAGCAGUUCGACAACACCGCGGGUUUCCUUGUCGGUAAUGAAGUUCUUACCAAAGCGAAUGGCUCUGUUGCAGCGCCCUUCGUCAAAGCUGCCGCCCGUGACUUAAAGGCUUAUAGAAACUCGAAGAAAUACCGUGACAUCCCCGUCGGCUACUCCGCUGCCGAUAUCGCCUCACUGCGCCCCAUGCUGCAGAACUACAUGGCUUGUGGUACGAAUGCCUCAGAAUCACUCGACUUUUUCUCCUUGAACGCGUAUGAGUGGUGCGGGCAGUCGUCCUACACCCAAUCCGGCUACAGUCAGCUCACCAAGAAUGCGACCGGUUACAAUAUCCCUAUCUUCCUCUCAGAGACUGGUUGUAUUGAGCCCAAGCCGCGAAACUUUGAUGAUCAACAAGCCAUUUUCGGCGAUGAAAUGUCGUCAGUAUGGUCUGGCUCUAUCAUCUACGAGUGGAUCGAGGAAGCCAACGGCUAUGGCAUCAUCAAAUAUGGAGAGAAAGGUGAAGCUUCCCCGGAGAACCCCGAUGGCUACACCCGCUCUGGAACCCCAACUCCUAUCUCUCCAGAUUUCCCGAACCUGAGCAACCAUUGGAAGACUCUGAAUCCUACUGGUGUCAAGGAGUCCAACUAUAACCCGACUCUAACUCCGCCACCUUGCCCUGCUUACACUUCAGACGUGUGGGAGGUCAACGGUGGCGUUGCGCUCCCAACCCUAGGUCAGACGUUCGACGCUGGCGUUCAGAGUAGCAUCACGAAAGGCACGGCGGCGGCAACGGGAAGCGCCGGCCAAGCUAGUCAGAGUGCAACUAAAGGCGCUGCUCCAGGGAGUCCGAUACGAGAAGUCCAAGGCAUGGGAUUGGGUCUCAUCGGAGUGUUGGUCGGCUUCUUUUGGUGGAUGUGAAACGACACCUGUCCUCUGAAAACGAGGCAAAUGUUCUUCCCAUCCUUUCAAAGGUUCAGUCCAUAAAAUGGUCGACAGUAGUAGUGGGUGGGCUUGGAGUGGGAUCAGUCAAUGCGUCCUUAUCCUACUUGAAAAAGUUGGCAAAAAGUUCGUGUUGGGAUGAUGUUGAUGGAUUUGGCUCCAUCUGUUUUCCCUUCCAUUUACAUGAUUGUAAUGCAUGCAAGACAGCAAGCAUGGCGUUGGUGUGGCCAGCUCUAGAGCUUCAUUCACAUUAUGGAAGAUACCACAGAUUCUGAGUUUGGGGGAUUGUUUUCUGGAAAACCAGAAUUGGAGUGGGGAGUUACAUGUGGGCGUAUAGAUAGAUUGGUGAGGUGUGGUGUAGUACAUAUACAUAUUGGAAUACACAUUUG